AUUUUGAGAAAAAUGAAGGCAAGAUUCUUUUGUUUUCUGCUAGCCCUGCAAAUCAUGAGUUGGGUCUGUGUAGCAAGGAGACCUUUUCCUCCAUCUGUUGCCAUGUCCCAUCCAGGCCCCAAGGAGAAAACGACACUGCUGUCUUCACCUCCGUAUACUGUAGAGUCAGAAAAGGGUUUAAUGGGAAGGGAAGAUAUGUCAUUAUCAGGGAUAGAGCAAGAAGCAUAUAAGGGAGUAAGGAAAAUAGGGUCAAGUCCACCAAGUUGUGAGCACAAGUGUUAUGGUUGCACUCCAUGUGAAGCUAUUCAAGUGCCCAACACUAGCAGCAGGCACAGCCAUUUGGGCAUUCAAUACGCAAAUUAUGAGCCUGAGAGCUGGAAAUGCAAGUGUGGUCCUUCCUUCUACAGCCCGUGA